ACUACAGCACCGAUUGAUAUUACUGAACCGGGCGGUACACCGUUGGUCGUUGGAGUAGGUGUGGUGAAUACCACAUUUUUUUGCAGUCAUCAAGGUCAAUGGUUGACUCUCACAGGAAAACCGGUCAAGACGGUUCUUUGUGUGAUCCCGAAAGGUAUCAGUACUUAUGCCUUCGUUCAGAAGCCUUUUAGUUCAGUCCAAAUAUUGCUGAGGGAUUAA